UCAACAACAAGAUCGAUUACGUGUUCAAGGUUUGUCCUCAGGCGAGGUUCGCGAGGAACGAAUUCAGCGUCGAUUCCAAGGCCGCCAUCGAUCGCAAGGCCGUCAAGGCCCAGAUUUGGGACACCGCAGGCCAAGAAAGAUAAUAAUUAACAGAGAUGGAUUACAUAUCAAACCGCUCAGACAUUUCAAUUCAGAAGCCUACUGACUUCAGGUUGGAUCCAGAAGGUGCAGUAUCAAGUUCCGGUCAUUUCAUGGAAGCUACUGUGACACCGACAAUACAAAUGAAUGCUGAAUGCGAUGAAGUGAAGGCUAAACGCUCCCUCAGAAGAAGGGAUGGGAUAGAACAUUGUGUACACAGUUCAGAUGAGGAAUCUGAUUCUGAUAAACCUAUCAAGGAUCUCUUUUGUAAAAAAUCCCAACAUAACAGUGAUACUUCUGGAAGCUUAAGAAGAUCUGCUUACCAAAAGGUGACUGCUAGAUGGUGUCCAGAAGAGGCAUGUAGACCUAUUAUUGAAGAAGCUCCUGUGUUUUAUCCAAGCGAGGAGGAAUUCAAAGAUACACUUGGUUACAUUGCUAGAAUACGCCAUGAAGCAGAAAAUUAUGGUAUAUGUCGCAUUGUUCCUCCAGCCUCUUGGAAGCCUCCAUGCCCACUAAAAGAGAACAGCAUUUGGAGGCAUUCUAAGUUUGCAACUCGGGUUCAACAAGUUGACAAGCUUCAGAAUAGAGAACCAAUGAGGAAAAAGUCUCGAAACCGUUGUCAAAGGAAAAAGAAAAGAAGGAAGCGGUUAAGGUUUGGAAUGACUCGCAGACGCAAUGGCUCUAAUACUUCAGAAGCCAAUGACUGUGCUGCCUCCGAUACGGAUGAAAAAUUCGGUUUUCAAUCUGGGUCAGACUUCACGCUCGAAGCCUUCACUAAAUAUGCUGAGGGUUUUAAGGAGAGAUAUUUUGGUAUAAAACAAGGUAGUGAAAGCCUAGAUUCAUGUAACUGCGAAAAUGGAAAUGGUUGGCAGCCUUCAGUAGAGGAAAUUGAAGGGGAAUAUUGGCGGAUAGUUGAGAAGCCAACUGAAGAAGUUGAGGUACUUUAUGGUGCUGAUCUGGAAACUGGAGUUUUUGGUAGUGGCUUCCCCAAAGUGCCAUCCUCAUCCUUGAGUAAUGUAGACCCUUAUGUGCGUGCAGGCUGGAAUUUAAAUAAUUUUCCUCGGCUUCCUGGUUCUGUUCUUGCUUUUGAGAGCGAAGAUAUCUCUGGAGUUCUAGUGCCAUUGCUGUAUAUAGGGAUGUGCUUUUCUUCAUUUUGUUGGCAUGUGGAAGAUCACCAUCUUUAUUCACUAAACUACAUGCACUGGGGCGAUCAAAAAAUAUGGUAUGGAGUUCCUGGCAGCGAUGCUAUUAAACUGGAGGAUGCCAUGAAAAAGCAUUUACCAGAACUGUUUGAAGAACAACCUGGUUUACUACAUGAACUGGUCACACAGUUGUCUCCAUCAGUUCUAAAAUCUGAGGGGGUUCCGGUUUAUCGCGCCACUCAAAAUUCUGGAGAGUUUGUUCUCACCUUCCCAAGAGCAUACCAUUCUGGUUUCAACUGUGGCUUCAAUUGUGCCGAGGCUGUUAAUGUUGCUCCCAUGGACUGGUUGCCUCACGGGCAAUGUGCUGUUGAGCUUUAUAGUGAACAACGGCGCAAGACAUCUAUGUCCCAUGACAAAUUAUUACUAGGUGCUGCAGGAGAAGCUGUGAGAGCACUUUGGGAGAUCAAAUUGCUUGGAAAGAACAAUCCUGAUAACUUAAGAUGGCAAAGUAUCUGUGAAGAUGGAGUGCUUACUUGUGCAAUUAAGGAAAGAGUUGUGAUGGAAAAGAGAAGAAGAGGGUGCCUUUCUUCUCUUUCACAAGCAAGGAAGAUGGAUAAAAAUUUUGAUUCGGUUAAUGAGAGAGAAUGUUAUUCCUGUUUCUAUGACCUUCACCUAUCUGCUGCAGGCUGCGAGUGUUCUCCUAACCGUUUCUCGUGCCUAACCCAUUCUAAGGAUUUCUGCAAUUGUGAGCCUACACAAAGAUUUUUCCUAUUUCGCUAUAGUAUUGAUGAACUUAGUACUCUUGUGAGGGCUCUGCAAGGGGACUUAGGUUCUGUGAAAAUUUGGGGUUCAGAGAUCUUGGGUUUGGUUCUGCCCUCAGAUGUUAAAGUAUUUGAAGAUGUAGGAGCGUUAGAGAGUAAAUAUCCAUCAAAUUCCAAUGAUUUCUUGGACAAACAACAACAUGAAAACACUGAUCUUGAGCUGAGCAAGAGUAAUGUAAUAGAUUCGGAGCAGAUUGAUCUGAAUACAGGACUGUUCACAGACUCCAGGUCUGCUAUUCUGAAUAUCAAUGGGAUUGAACAUGAGUCAACAGGAAUGACUCAUACCCCAAUGAAAUCAAGUCCAGAGUGUGGAUCUUCUGUUUCCAUAAAUCAUUUCUCAGAAGGAGCUAACUCUAAUGGUUUCGAAGCAUCACGUUCUCAAAGUGCUCAACAUAUUCGUAAGUCUAGUGCAAAGUUGUUCGGUGUUGAACUUCGUCAACUUCAGGCAAGUCCUUCCACAGCCUCAGAUGUUCAAGGAAGUUUCAGGUUUCUUUUAUCAAACCCAGUUAGUCCAGAGACUAGAACUGUUAAAAAUAAAUUACAGUUCUGUGUCGAGAUUCUUCACUUUGGAACUGUAAAGUUUGGGAAGCAGUGGUGCAGUAGGGAAGCCAUCUUUCCUAAAGGUUUCAAAAGUCGGGUCCAGUUCUUCAGUGUGCUUGAUCCUACAAGGAUGAGUAAUUACAUUUCUGAAAUACUAGAUGCUGGAUUGCUUGGGCCUAUGUUUAAGGUUACUCUAGAAGAGAAUCAGGAGGAAACGUUCACACACUCUUCUGCUACACUGUGUUGGGAUUUGGUGAGAGUGAGACUAAACCAAGAGAUCACUAGACGAUCAAGGCCAGGGAAGCUAGAUCUUCUCCAAUUGCAACCUUCAGGGAGCAUCAAUGGGCUCGAAAUGUUUGGGCUUUUGUGUCCAUCAACUGUUCAGGUGAUUGAGGACCUCGAUCCUUACCACUGCUGCACGGAGUACUGGGCAUCAAAGUCUAACACACAGUUAACAUCCGAAAUGAUAGAAACAAAGAAUACUCCCAUUGAAGUUUCCAAGGAAUCUUCUCUCACUGCAGGGCCAAAAACCUUGGAGAAAACACUUGACAAGUUGUUCGGUGUAAAUAUUUCUGGAUUUGAGAAGGAUGAACCAAAAGUAAACAGCGAUACCUCAGUAGAUAACAUCCAAAAUGUGCUAGAGGGAUUAUUCAAGAAGGCAAACACAGAUGAAUUGAAAAUCUUGCAGGCAGUAUUUAACAGUGGAGAUGGGAGUGAUAGUUGGAGGACUGCAUUUGAUUGUCUAACGAAAGAAAUUCGGAAUAAUGUACAGAGAUAGUGGCAGAAAAUAAAAGCAUGAGAAUAAUGGUGCUCUUCAGUGAAAGAUCACAUUGCAAUUGGAGUCAGCAUUCUUUUCGUCUGUAGGUAACAAUAUCAAAUUUCAUUUUUAUUAGAGAUGACAAUUUUUUUGUUAUAGUUCAGUUCAUUCUUUCUGAAAUCCAUAUAGGACAUAGAGCAUUCAUCCUGUUCAGAUUGAAGAAUUAACUCGUGUAGCCAGGGAUUUGGCAGUGAAGUUGUUUUAGUGUAGACUGCAGCAUAUUCUAGAGGGGAAUUUUUUUUAGUGGUAUAGAUCAAACAAUUGUGGACUCUUGAAAUUAUAAUAACACUGUUCUUCUUCUUAUCUAA